CCUCAUGAAAAGUCUGAGAAGGCUGUAAGAGAGAAAUCAAUAGCAUUUGACAGACACACUUGCGCUUGUACAAGCGGUUAACCCCUGUGUAAGAAUCGUUUACUUCUGUAUUAUACUAUCCGCGGAAAAAAAUCAGCAGGCGAAAUUUGUUAUGAUACGUAUAUCAGCAUGGAAAUGAUUCUGGAAACCCUGAGGAAUACUUAUGUGACUUACUAAUCAGGAUGUAAAGCUGUUGGAUAUAUAGAAAAUGCUAACUCCUGGGAUAAAUAGAAUUAUGCAGUUUAAAUGUUUAGUAACCUAAAACUAAGUUGAUGUUGGUAACAUUUCGUAUUUGCAAAAUUUAAUGCAGAUGAUAAAGUCUUAAUUGGAGUAUCACGUUCAUGUUUGAAAAGAAAACCGAGACAAGUUGGAUUUUUAUGAAACUAAAUAAUUCGUCUACAAGAAAAAUUCUAAGAAGCAUAGAAACCACAUUUACGCAGGAGCAUUAUGUGACUAAAUAAUCUUCAAGUUGAACUGAAUUAUACUUGCAGGAAAAUUUACAAUUGCGUUUCAUUAAAUACAGUUUCAGUCUGUUACAUAUGCGCAGACGAAUGACUAAUUGUUACUGAGAAAACCUCCAGUUUAUAAAAAGAUGAAUAAUUCAGACAAAUAGCUGACUAUAGAACACAUACUUACCUAAAACUAAUACAUUUUGUAGAUAUAAAAUCAAGUCUCGAGUUUGAAAAUAAAGUAAACAAUAUGGUAUCCGUCGGGUUGUAUAUCUUAGAAACAAUAGCUGCGAUAGAAACUGUGUUUAGGUUGUCACAACAAUAUGCUUUGAUGCUGGAUAAAAAUGUGACUGUUGUACCAGUUGAGGACCAGCCAGAUAUUGAACCUAGGAUUGAACCACUUAUUGGACAUAGCACGCAUCGCACAUCGAUUCAUCACUUCUCAAGACACGGUUUGUGUAGCAAAUUUGAGGGCAAGAGAAAGCUCUAUAAAGCCUUAAAAACAAAAUUUUGCAACACAAAAUUAUCCUUCACGGCUGGCUUUGUGGUGGAUUUGUGUAGACGUAGAGAUGGUAUGCUUGAUAAAUGGGUUGGAGAAUUGUUUGACAUUGAUGGAGACGGGUUUGUUACCCAUCACGAGAAGAACAUCUACAAUUAUAUCACGUAAAUACACGUAGAAGAAAAAAAGAAGAAAAAACAGAAUUGAAUAGAUUUGAACACAAAAUUUUCAAAAUCGUGACUAAAACUAAAGCUGUCUGCAAUUAUGACAUUUUUUCCAGUUGAAACACUGACAUAAUCUGAUGGAACAAAUCUCAGUUCGAGAGAUGUUAUGCUGACAUUUUUAAAUACGAAUUUCAUCUUUGUUUGAUCUAAUUUAUAAAAAUGCUUGUAAUAAGAGAAUUUGUAAUAUGGCCAGUGUUUUCUUUCUUCUACAUCACAGACGCUGUUCAGCCGUUAUUUGACAGUAUGCGAACACGUUAAAAUGUGUAUAGCAUGUAAAUAAAAUGCAAUAACGUUUACUCAGUCGUCAAAAUAAGAAAUAAUAGCAACAUUAGGUGAAAGUGACUUCCAUUUGAAUACGAAACAACGAAACUUCAUAAAAGAGCAUAAUAAGUGAAUUGGAUAUACUCCUAACAAACAUAGCCAUAUAAGAAGGCUGUUCAAUAUAAACUUUUCGCUCUAACAUUUUAGUAAUUCAAUAAUUUCAUUACAGACAAAAUAUUCAAUACAUGAUCGUGAUUUGCAAUCCUUCUGGAAAACAGUUACUAAAACAAACCCAGUGCAGGGUGAUCAUAUUCAAGGACUUUGAUGACGCCGAGACUUCAGUAGAAUGUUUCUAUUCAUUGUGAAUUAACUUAUGCUUUCAAAUUACAAUUAUUAAUUUUUAUAAACAUAUUAAGUGACAA